GCGCAGGCCUAUCAUGUUGCAUUCGUUCCGAGUUGUUUCUAUGGGCUACAAGUCUAGCUUUUACAACUCUUUACACAAUAUUCUGUCUGCGAUUCUGUGGUGAUUUUAUGCGAUUGAUUGAUGACACGUAGGCAAUCAUGAGGGCAUUAGAGGCAGGAAUAUUGGUGAAAUUGAGAAAGGGGAAACGAGUGUGUUAUGGAUGGUUGUCCCCAUUCCUGUAGGGUUUUUAAAUAUGACAGUUCCUCAAGACACGGCAGCAGACAACGAGCGUAUAUAGGCUAUAGCUCAGUGGAGUGAACUAUGUAGUUGUGCCAGAGCUGUUCUGUGGGAGCGUGCGGUCUCGGUGGACUGUGAUCGGGGCUGUGUUCACUUGAGGAGAUGGCUGUUCUGGCUGCCCAAGCAGGUUUGCCGGACCAUUCUUGAGGCCAGACACUCUGAGGUAUGUUGUCUGUCUGCAUUUGUCUAAAAUGAAAAAGGGAGGGAGCAGCACAAAUACCGCACAGCCAGACGCCAUGCAGGGGGAGCCCUCCCCUCAUCCCUGAGUGCUGAAACUGGAGCCUGAAUGUGUCAUCAGAUAGUGUCAGACUGCAUCCAGCAGGGGGGAUGAUAAGAGUUUAUAGAAAGUAGCCUUUCAGACACCCUGUGGAAGAUUUUCCUCUAAAAUACUAUUUUGAAUCAGUCAGACAGAUUUGGUCAUUGACCUUCUCAACAGUAGUUUCUCCAGACCAGACCGCCAGGGGGUUUAGCGAGGAGCCAGUAUGGAGUGGUCACUAGAAAGGGUGAGGGAGAUGGUGGCUGGAGGGAUGCAGUCUAUGAGGGACUGUGAGUCCAGUGCCUUUGGCACAGCCAUGUGCCUGCUGCUGCUCUUUGUGUGGUACUGUUACAGGGUAGGUCGUGAGCACAGCUCCUCUCCCCUGCGUGGGGGGUACAGCAAUGAGCCCAGUCGAGUAGGAGGGGGUGGGGGGGCCUUGAUCAGCACAGAUGGGGAUGGUAGGGCAAAAGGCAGGCCAGUGUCAGGGGUGGAGGAGCAGAACGGCUUUGCUUACUGCCAGUCCACUGAGUGUUUUCGCUGCACCAACACAGGGGAGGGUCUUAAUCAGAGGCUGUACCACAGCUUGCAGGAUUACGCCAAACGCUACACCUGGUCGGGCAUGGGCAGGGUACACAAAGGGGUACGAGACCAGGGCCGCUACCUCACCAGCCGGCCCACCAUCCAGAGGCCAGAGGUGUUCUUCCUUCCUGACCUGCCCUCAGCACCCUUCUUCUCCCGGGACGCACAGAAACACGACGUGGAGCUGCUGGAGAGGAGCUUCCCUGCUCUGCUGGCUGAGUUUGAGAACAUCUACCACGCCCCCCCAGCGCGGGCUGGCUCCUCCCUGCCUCCGGGCUGGAAGGCCAACAGCACCCCCCAUGGCCAGUGGUGGACCUUCUACCUGGUGAACCAGGGAACUCCGCUGGCCCUGAAUGCCAGGAGGUGCCCCCGGGCCUGGAGGGUACUGGGCCAGCUGCGCACCUUCAUUGCCAACAACGUGUUUGGAAAUGCCUGCUUCUCUGUGCUGACCCCCGGAGCCCUGAUAACUGAGCAUUACGGCCCAACCAACGUCAGGCUGCGCUGCCACCUGGGUCUUAGAGUGCCCUCUUCCUGUGAGCUGGUAGUUGGAGGGGAGCCGCAGUGCUGGUCUGAGGGGAGCUGUCUGCUGUUUGAUGACUCCUUCCUCCACAGGGCCUUCCAUGAGGGCAGCCCAGAGGACGGCCCCAGGGUGGUCUUCAUGGUGGACCUCUGGCACCCUAAUGUGGCAGCUGCUGAGAGGCAGGCUCUGGACUACAUCUUCACCCCUGGACGCUGAGCAGGCGGUGGGGUGGGGUGGGGGGGAGAGGAAGAGAGACAGAGCUAAAGAGAGAAACACAGAGAGGUAAAGAGAGACAGAGAAUGUGUCAGAAUUUAAGAGAGAGUUGGUGAGAAAAGAACACUGUGAGUGAGGUGAGACAUCUUCUUCUUUGUCUCUUGUUCCGUUCCCACACUCACUGUGUACAUAUUCUCUGUCUUGUUCGAAUUGGCUCUCUCCCUGUAACUCUUAGCACCUACUGACUUUGACCAAACAGACGUAAUGUAAAAUGUUACAUUUGAAUGUUUACAGCCCCAAUCCUUAUAUCUGUGAUUAUUCCUGCCCAUGUGUGAUAGUUUACUGUGCUCUCCUUUAGAAAUCAAUACAGCUUUCACAAAAACAGUUGGAUAAGCACAUGGAAAAUGUUUUUUUUAGAAAUCAAAUUAUUUGCUAGAGACUGCCUGUGUUGCUACACAGGAGAAAUGGUUGUAUUUGCAGUAGUGGAGAAAUCACUGAGGAAGCCAGAAAAAAAAGCCAUAUUACAACCUAUGUGUUGUGAUAACUGCGUUGUUUGCUCUGUAACCUGUUAAUUCAUAUGCCUUGCGACUGUGUUAUAUAGGUCUAAAGACCGAGACAAUAAGAAGACAGUGGCAGAAUAAAUUCAACCACCUUUGUUUUAUCACAAAACCCGGAUAGCAACCUCUGUCCGGUUUAGUCCACAAAGCAUAUUGCAUGUAACAGACAUGACCUACAGCAUGGUCAAAUAAGUUAAUGUUUCUGACUAUUCCAGCACCAUUUCAACUUCAACAUUUCAACAUCAUCAAAUCACCUCUGCUUAGUCUAAUACGCUGAACUAAAAAAUACCAAAAACAAUUUAGUCCAAUCAACGUAAGCUAAACAUGAUGUGGCUGUCCAUGGAUCUAAUUUAUUUGUGCGUGUGCGCAUUUGUGCAAGUAGAAUAAUAUGUUGACUCGCCCUACUUGUAGAGAAAUGCCAAUGCCAUCCUCCUCUUUCAUUUUGACGAAACGGUCUAUCAUACAGUACACGGUUUUAUUUUUUGUUGUCCUAGGCUAGCUGUCUAAAAUGCAUGCUGGCCUAACUUCCAUUCAUGGGCAAUGUUAGCUAGAUAACAUUAGUCUUCUACAUCUAGCUACAUGUUGAACUAACAUUCUCUCUCAGGCCAGGGUCACAACAAUGUAUGAAUGAAUGGUCAGAAUGCCGUUAUAAUCAUUGGCCAGUACAGAGAAUUAAGUAAAACAAUAAGUCCAAAUCCCUAUCGCCAUCCAUGGCUAAUUUAGGAAACGGAAAACUUUAGCUAGCUAGCUAGUCACUGGAAGACAACAACACACAACGAGAUGCAACAAUUCAACUUGUUUCUAUCAAUGAUGUAUGCUCUCAAUGCGAUUUGAUAGUAGUGACGCCAAAAUCCAAGCUGACUUCAAUUGACACUUUUUUGGGGGGGUGCGCCAAGACAGUUUAGCUCAACGAUGAGCAACUAGUUUUUUUUAUUUUUAUCAAGGGAGGCCAAAUGCUCUCAGGCGUUCCUUGCUUUCCAUUCAAUGCUAGGGGCGGCAACAAUGUCAUUCAUCUAUCUGAUGCUGGCUGUCGUUGGGACCAGACAGAAUCAGAUAGAUGGCAUACAUGUAGAGCGACAGAGGGGGCGCUGUUUCGUUUGUUCGGAUGCUUUCUCCUCUGAGAUACAUUUAGACUUGCGAAUUGAAGGAAAAUUAUGAAACCGAGAGAUGAAUGCUAAAUGAUUUUAUGUUAUUUUCUUGAUACAUUUUUUUGGGGAGCUUGGCUUCCCUUGACAUCCAUGAAUACACGCCACUGUGUAUUUGGUAAAUUAUCUAAUUAAUGGUUGUAAUAUUGUUGGUUGUAUUUGAUAUCAACUUUGUAUUUAUGUAAAUAGAGUUGGAUUACAAAACAUAUCUGAGAGGUUUUGAAAUAUAAUUGUCUUACAAUCGGUAGGUAUUGUGUGGUCUUAAUUUACUGGUACUGCAUUGUCAUCUUCUCUCCCGAGUAUUUGUCAUUUUGAGACAUUCAUUUUUAGAUAUUUGAAAUGUUUAUCAAGUGGUUUGGCUAUUGUUCAGUAACAUUUUAUACCAUUCUGUGAUUUUUCAGCUGCAUAUCAAAUGUUUGGUGAUAUUCUUCCCCAAUAGUCAUAUUUGUGGCAUUUGUAUUCAUUUUGAACAGUAUUUAAUAAAUGGCAAAUUAUCUGAAUCA